GGAUAAUAAUAACGUGGCGGCGACUUUGGUGUGUAUAUGGAUGGACCGAUGGAGACAUACAAUCAUUUCUCCGAGAACAAAAACCUUCUCUUUCUUCUUAAGUCCCACUUUUAGGUCUUUGCCCAGAAAUUCCUGCAGCAUGUUCCUCUGAUUCUAGCUAAAGGAGCGGGCUGUACCCUACAGAUCAUUCAAUCCGAUCCUUAUUUUGUCUUCGAUAUCUUGAAGUCCUAAUUUUCUACUUCCUAACCCUAAUUUCCCAAUAUUUUUUUCAAGCUCUGUCAUCCACUAGGAAGGCAUAUCGGAUCUCAAAUCAGGAGCGGAUCUUUUGGAGUUAUGGAAAAGGAUGUAGGCUUAGAAUGUUUAUCAGACAUGGAUGAUCUGGCAAGUACGUUUGCAAAGUUGAACAGAGUUGUCACUGGACCAAGAAAUGUUGGAGUUAUUGGUGAUAGAGGAUCUUCAUCCUUUUCAAGGGAAAGUUCAUCUGCGACUGAUUGGGCAGCAGAUGAAGAACUUGCAAGCUGGUUAGAUCAGCAAAUGUUUGAUAUUGAAAAUGCUCAGGAAGGCAAGAGAUGGUCAUCACAGCCUCAAUCUUCAUCUGCUUGUUUCUCAGAAUCAAAACUUCUGCACAGAACUUCCUCAUACCCCCAGCAGCAACUGCAGUUGCACCGCUUCUCAAGUGAACCAAUUCUUGUGCCCAAAUCAAAUUUCACAUCUUUCCCUCCUCCAGGUGGCAGAAAUCAGCAGGCUUCACAUGAUUACCUGAAUAAUCCCUCUCUUACUAGUGGACCACAGCCCUUCUCUGCUCCAAACCUCUCUCCUUUGUCCAACUCUAAUCUUCAUCUGGCUAGCAUGCAUCAUGGGUUACGCUACCAUGGAAAUAUGCCCACGAUCACCUCUCCUGGCCAUUCUUUUAAUAGCAGGUCGCAAAAUCAUUGGGUUAACAAUGCUGGUUUAUUGCAAGUAGAUCACUCUAGCCUCUUACAGAGCAUGUUGCAGCAGCAAUUAUCCCAUCAAAAUGGCCUAAUGUCUGCGCAGCUGAUAUCACCACAGCAGCAGAGACUGCAGAGUCCAGUUCAGCCAUCCUUGUCUCAUUUUGCAGCAGUGCAAUCCCACCUCUAUAAUGCCCAUCCUUCAUCAGCACAUAAAAUGUUCUUUGGAUUAUCAGAUCAAAAACACAAAUCACAAAAGGGCAGACAGAAUACGCGUCUUUCUCAACAAAGUUCUGAUGCUAGCAGUCAGAAAAGUGAUAGUAGUUGUUUGCAAUUUAGAUCCAAGUACAUGACGGCUGAAGAGAUAGAAAGUAUUCUGAAAAUGCAGCAUGCUUCCACGCAUAACAGUGACCCAUACAUAGAUGAUUAUUACCAUCAAGCUCGUCUUGCCAAAAGAUCUGCAGUAGCCAGAGCAAAACAACAUUUUUGCCCAUCUCACCUGAAGGAUCACCCUUCUCGAGGUCGUAACAGCACAGACCAACAGUCUCAUAUACAUGUUAAUGCCCUUGGGAAGAUUCCCUUCCCUUCCAUACGUAGGCUACAGCCUCUUCUUGAUGUUGAUCCUCCUCCUGGUGCUGUUGACAGAAACUCUGAACAAAUAUCUGAGAGGUCUUUGGAACAAGAACCUAUGCUUGCAGCUAGAAUUGCUGUUGAAGAUGCACUAUGCCUUCUUCUUGAUGUGGAGGAUAUUGAUCGGUUUCUACAAUUCAAUCAUCCCCAGGAUGGUGGGGCUCAGCUCAGGUAUAAGCGUCAGAUUGUGCUUGAAGGAUUAGCAGCGUCCCUUCAGCUUGUUGACCCACUUGGCCAAAGUGGCAACACGGUUGGACUGGCAUCCAAGGAUGACAUUGUAUUCCUGCGGAUAGUUUCUCUUCCUAAGGGUCGAAAGCUCAUCUCUAAGUUCCUUCAGCUUCUUUUACCUGGUAGCAAACUCACCCGAAUUGUCUGUAUGGCUAUUUUCCGUCACUUGAGGUUUUUGUUUGGUAGCAUUCCUUCUGAUACAGGAGCAGCUGGGACAACUAUGAAUCUUGUGAAAACGGUUUCAGCAUGUGUUAUCAGCAUGGAUCUACAUGCACUGAGUGCUUGCCUUGUUGCAGUUGUUUGUUCUUCAGAGCAGCCACCAUUUAGACCUCUUGGUAGUCCUGCUGGAGAUGGUGCCUCUGUUAUUUUGAAGUGUCUUCUUGAGAAGGCAAGUAAACUAUUAAAUGAUCCCCAGGCAGCAGCCAACUGUGGUGUACCUAAUUUUACUCUCUGGCAGGCAUCAUUUGAUGAAUUUUUUGAUCUUCUUACCAAGUAUUGCCUGAUUAAAUAUGACACAAUACUGCAGUCACUUUAUGCAAAGAACCCACCUAACGCAGAAGAUAUUGAUUUAGAGGUACGUAAAGCUACAAAAAGUGAAAUGCCUGUGGAACUUUUACGUGCAUGCCUUCCUCAUACUAAUGAACGCCAGAUGGAGCUUUUAAGACAUUUUGGGCAGCAACGCAAUCCUAUUACUGGAUUGAAUGCACAUUCAGGGAAUAGUGGUCAUAUAGACUCUGAAUCAGUAGGGAGUUGACAGGAACUGAAGAUGUCUCGAAUGGGGUAGUUCUCUGCACAUCCCUCUAGGAUUAUUCUUUGGUGGAAUGAAAUCAGUUAAGAUGACGAUUUACUGGGGAAAUCAAUUUAAGGCUGUUUAAUUAUUUUUCCUGAAUGCUCGUCGAGAAUGUGUUAUGAUGAAAAAUUAUACCUCUGGGAGUUGGUGACUAGAAGUUUCUUUUCUUGUGGGAAGCUUUAUUUUGUCUAUAACCGCAGGAAAAAUUAGAUGCACAGAGGAUUAAUGUACAGGAUGGUCUUAGAGAACCAUCAGAAGCCCUCUUUUUAUCUGCCAUAUCAAUUUGAAGAUGCUUCUGAUUCAAAAAUUGCAAGGACGUACGCUCAUAGAGGGAUGUAAUAAUUGAAACGAUUGUUGGGUUGGGCAUUAGCGGAAAUUGAUGAUCUUCAAUUGCAUUAGCCCGUUACUUGCGUCCUCAAUUGCGGGGGUAAAUUCGUCGUCGCAAUAUAGUACUGUGUUCUUUAAAUUUCAAUUUAUUUAUUAUAGAACUCCCGACUUUAAUUUCUUUUUAA